GUAUGGCACAGGUCGCAUUGAAUCACUGAGCCACUUCCACUUUUAUGAAGUCGGAACCAGGGAACUUCAAACUCCUGGGCUGCGCCACCUCUUAUCAGCACCCCACUCCUGACAAAUAUCAGCCUUUGGAUAAAAGCCAGGACGAAACAAACAAUGUUCGGUCGCUGCGUGAGGAGGAGGGAGGUGGGAAGCACUGGUAUAAAGUCAAAGGGCUGCAGAUGUGAGACCACAUUGACAGAGACGCUCCAGACGAACCUUUCUGCGCUCCCGCGUCAAACUCUAGACGACGAUCACUCUGCAAAGGAGGGACACGCCAGAGGAUUACUUUUCUAAUUCUAGAGGAUUAUUAGUUAUUAACGGACAUUUUGUUUUAGAAGCGCCUGGAAAUGGAUAUUUACGUUUUGAUUUCCGUGUUAUCACUAAUGUACUCCUGGAUGUUGUGCACAGUGCGCGCAGCGCCGGCUGCACACACGACCGCAGCCCCCGCCGUCACCCAGAGGCGCCAUGUGCGCACCAAGCGCUGCUCCUGCGCCACUUUCCUGGAUAAGGAGUGCGUCUAUUUCUGCCACCUGGACAUCAUAUGGGUCAAUACACCGGAGCGCGUGGUCUCCUACGGCAUGGGCGACGCGCCCAGGACGCGGCGCGCGGCCCCGGGCUCCAUGGCAACCAGGAGCGGGGCUCGCUGCCGGUGCGCCCGCGAGGACGACGCCGCCUGCAGCAGCUUCUGCCUGGAACGCGACCUCAGGUAUGAGACACCGACGGACUCCGCCGAGGGCGACGGUUGCGCUGGGGCGCAGUGCAAACACGAGCUGGCGGCCGACACGGGCGCGAGCACGAGGCUGAAGGGAAGCGAGCAGCUGCUCAAGGCUGCGCUGAAGACGCGCCUGCUGCUGGAGACGUGGAGGGCGAGGCGGCCUCCCAAGGAUGGAAGAUAGCCUCCACAGAGGCAGAGCCAAGGGGCCGAAGGCAUCCUCCCACGGGGAGCGGAGCACUGGAGCUCCAGCGUCACACCCGCGGACCUGCUGCAGUGUCUGCAGCCGAGCACAGCGUCGACAGCCUCGCCUGGUUGCACUUCAGGCGGCCGAAUGAGGUCAGAGGCAGCGACGGGAGCUCAGGUGAAGGCAGAUAAGCUAAACAAAGGACCUGUUCUGCAGAAUCAAGGACUCUGAUUGACCUCUUCCGGUGUUACAGUCACACUCGGCCACUCCACAGACUCACAACACCAAGCAGCAUUUCAAGAGCCCGACUUUACUGGGAGAGAUUAUUAACAUGAAAGCUUCUGAAAAUGAGAAAGAAGCUGCUGUGUAUUGAAGAAGCAGUUCUGCUUAAUAUUUCAAACGUUGUUUUAUUUUUGCAAGCAACAGAUCGAUGUGCUUAUGUAGAAAGCAUUAUGUGCUUUACACCAGAUACGGAUUUGACUGACUGAUACUAAUUACUGCAAACAGUAUAUUUUCACAGGGUGUCCCCUGUGAACCAGGACACGGGGCACUGUAUCUAUGCAGUAGAGCAGCUGCUGGGACUUUAUCUUGCUGUUGAUCUUUACAUCUCUCAUAAUUUAAGACUAAUGUUUUAUUUAUUUAUUUUUUAUUUACUGUAUUCUGGUGGCCAUAUUGGUCCAUCGCAUCUGGGUCGUCAUUUCUAUGAAAUGUUUCAUUACCAAUGUGCCAAACAGAGGCUAACUUUAAUAAAUUUGUUCAUUUAUUUAAAACUAA